AUGGUCUUCUACGCAUAUGUAAAGAAUGUGACAGACAACGUGACCUAUCGAUAUGUGAUUACCUUUGCUAGUCGUGCAGUGGCCGAUGAGUGGUGGCGCGCCGUGUCCACUUCCGCCAUCACUAGUUUCGUGAACAGCAUUCAGCGCGUCAACGCCCAGUUCUACACCCAUAACCCAGGCCUGGCCAACGCCCCCGACUCCCUCACCACGAAUGGGGUUGCUACCCAAUUCCUUGGCAAGGUGUUUUUCACCUUGGAAAACGACUUAGGUGGUCGUGGGUUGAGCAUUAUCCCGCCGCUUGAUAAUUCAACGGAAAACAUUAGCGGAAACUCUUUCUUCAUUCGCUCUAAAGUCGCUCCUUACGACUAUUGGUACUAUCCAUCGUCUAACGCGACAAACACGGUCUAUGUUUCGCGCACCGAACGCACUCGCUUCACCGUUAGUCGUACCAACACUGGUACCUCAGGGACCGUCAUGAUUGGUUCUGAUAACAUUGCUAUCGCGUUGACCACCGUCAAUCUGUCCGUGAACGUCAACACCGUCACUGGCCAAGUCAUUCUUUCACCUGCUCCUCUGUCAGGGUUGACGUUUAGUGCCCUUCUAAGCAACUUCAUGGUUGGGCCUUCCUUGGUUGAGAAUGGGGAGAACGUGAAGGAGCUCCUCUACACAGAGAAUGGGGAACAGUGGGAACUCGCUUGA